CGUUGAGACUAUGGGGCAGCACCGACGAAUGAAAUCGCAGUCUGGAUGAAGGCAGAAACCCCGCCAUCGUCACAAGUCGCACUGAGGUACGUCAGUUAGCAAAGGUACCGAAUAUCAAAUUGUGAAGUUGCACGUGCUAUUGAUACUCGACCGGCAAAAUCUCAACCAAGUGUAAAAAGUUUCGAACGACGACUUCUUGACAAAUUUGUAACAUCUGUUUAGGAAAGGAGAAACAAAGGACCGCCAAAAUGGCUCCCCAGGCAAUCAUCGCGCCGUCCAUCCUCUCUGCCGACUUUGGCAAUCUGGGCGAGGAAUGCUCCAAGACCAUCGGACAAGGUGCCGACUGGCUUCAUGUCGACAUUAUGGAUGGUCACUUCGUACCCAACAUCACCUUUGGCCCGCCCGUGGUGGCCAAGAUCCGGGGCCACGUCGACAGGCCCGAGGCCGCGCACGGCAAGGGCACGUUUGACUGCCACAUGAUGAUCGCGGAGCCCAAGAAGUGGGUGAAGGAGUUCAAGGCGGCCGGGUGCGACCUGUACUGCUUCCACUACGAGGCGGCGUUCAGCAGCGCGGCCGAGGAGCCGUCGGCCACGUCGGACGCCAAGACGAGCCCCCGCGAGCUGAUCCGUUACAUCCACGACCAGGGCCUGCUGGCCGGCAUCGCCAUCAAGCCCGCCACGCCGGCCGACGUGCUGUACGAGCUGCUCGACUCGUCCGACGCCGCCGAGCGUCCCGACAUGGUCCUCGUCAUGACGGUCGAGCCGGGCUUCGGCGGCCAGAAGUUCAUGGCUAGCGAGCUGCCCAAGGUCCAGGCCCUCCGUCAGAGGUACCCCGAGCUCAACAUCGAGGUUGACGGUGGCCUGGGUCCCGGCACGAUCGACCAGGCUGCUGAUGCGGGCGCCAACGUCAUCGUCGCUGGAAGUGCCGUCUUUGGGGCCAAGGACCCGGCAGAGGUCAUCAAGGUCCUGCGGGAGUCGGUUCAGAAGCGUGCUGGAAAGAUCUAACGUGGGAAGGGGGGCCUUGACAGUUUGGCACAUGGGUAAUGGGCGGGAGUGUGCACGGCUGGUGUGAGAAUGGAUGUUGGCCGAGACGGUUGCUCUCGACGUCGACGUUGCAGAUGACAGCCGCGAGGUUUUGCAGGCGCGAGCUUUGCAGCAGUCAGUUUGAGUGUCUCUCUUGCUAUAUCCUUGACUUGGCAUACACUCCACUGUUUUGAGCCAAUACAGUUGCCCAGAGAAUGGAUGAUACUUAUUGUACUCGCCGUUACGCGCAUAAAAUCUCAGAUGUGCAUGAUGCUCGUUGGUGGUGUAUCCAGUCGCAUGGCUAGGCGAUAGCCUGGAGAAGCAGCUCGAUCAUUGGGUCUCGAGCAAUGGGACAAGUCACAGCAGACAUCACGGGAUUGGUAUCAAACACUGCUGACACUCGGUAUCAAAGAAACGGAGAAGCAAGCGUCGAAAGUCAGUGAUACGCAAAAUGCCUUGUUCAAAUCUAGACGGUUGUGGUUCAUACUAUGACUCCACGCGGAGAGUUGUCUACUAGGCCGUUGCCUGUAUGCAACGAGCGGCUCUCUGUCGCCUUUCAGGCAUUUACCACCAAGCAUGUCCUGGAUCUUCUUGUAUGGAUAGGGAACCACCCUUGAUAAUUUGCAUAGUAUGUCGGCCCGUGUCCCGGUGUGCACUUGAUGUUAAUAUGAUAUAUGCUG